AAAGGGUUUUUGGUCUGAUCGUUUUUUCACUCAUGGCCUUCUCGAGAAUCGCUCUUAUUUACCAGCGAUUCUCCAGACAACAACGCCAACUUCACAGACCAUUCACCACGAAGCUAGAUAACAGUAGAUUUCUUCCUCCCAAUCAAUCCAAGCUUGCUCAAAAUCUAAUUGCAAUCUUCACAAGACAACCCUUUUCGCCUGACGACCCUGAGCUGCUGAGACUCGCUCCAGAGCUCAACACCAAGGUAGUCGAAACCGUGUUGAAUGGAUUCAAAAGGUGGGGUUUGGCUUAUCUCUUCUUCAAUUGGGCUUCUAGACAGGAAGGUUAUAGAAACGAUAUGUAUGCUUACAAUGCUAUUGCUUCUAUCCUAUCACGUGCUCGACAAAAUGCCUCACUGAAGGCUUUGGUUGGAGAUGUUCUGAGUUCUCGCUGUUUGAUGUCCCCUGGAGCGUUAGGGUUUUUCAUUCGUUGUCUGGGUAAUGCUGGGCUCGUGGAAGAGGCAAGUUUUGUUUUUGAUCAAAUUAGAGAGAUGGGUCUUUGUGUUCCGAAUGCUUAUACCUAUAACUGUCUGUUAGAAGCAUUUUCUAAGUCGAAUUCGAGCUCGGUUGAUUUGGUUGAGACGAAGUUGGAGGAGAUGAGGAAUUGUGGGUUUCAUUUCGAUAAAUAUACUCUUACACCAGUUUUGCAGGUUUACUGCAACACUGGCAAUUCCGAGAAGGCGUUAAGUGUUUUCAAUGAGAUUCAUAGUCGAGGCUGGCUUGAUGGACAUAUUUCAACGAUCUUGGUUGUAUCAUUUUGUAAGUUGGGUCAGGUGGAUAAGGCUUUUGAGUUAAUUGAGAUGCUCGAAGGACUCCAUAUUAGUUUGACCUAUAAGACAUAUUGUGUUUUGAUUCAUGGGUUUGUAAAGGAGUCUCGGAUCGAUAAAGCAUUUCAGCUGUAUGAGAAGAUGCGUCGGAUGGGUAUGAACGCUGAUGUUGCAUUGUAUGAUGUGUUGAUAGGAGGACUUUGCAAGCAUAAAGAUCUUGAGAUGGCUCUAAGUUUGUAUUUGGAAAUUAAGGGGUCGGGAAUUCCACCUGAUAGAGGAAUACUUGGGAAGCUAAUACGUUCAUUUCCUGAAGAAAGUGAAUUAAGUCGGAUAACAGAAGUGAUUAUUGGAGAUAUAGACACAAAAUCUGUGAUGCUUCUUUACAAAACUUUGUUGGAGGGGUUUAUUCGGAAUGAUUUGGUGCAUGAUGCUUACAAUUUUGUUCAGAACCUCAUGGGAUAUCAUGACUCAGAUUGUAAGUCUGAGAUUAUUAAGCUUCUAAAGGAUCACAAUAAAGCAAUUCUCCCAGAUUCCGAUUCUCUUAGCAGUGUGAUUGACUGCUUGGUCAAAGCUAAUAAGGUGGAUAUGGCAGUGAGCUUGUUACAUAAUAUAGUCCAGGAAGGCCUUUGUCCAAGUCUUAUGACGUACAAUAACAUAAUUGAGGGGAUGUGUAAAGAAGGAAGGUCAGAUGAAAGCUUGAAACUCUUGGCGAAAAUGAAGGACACGGGAGUUAAACCAAGUCAAUUCACACUUAAUUGUAUUUAUGGUUGCUUGGCUGAACGAUGCGAUGUUGCAGGAGCACUCGAGCUGCUGAAAAAGAUGCGUUUUUAUGGAUUUGAGCCAUGGAUAAAGCAUUCGACCUUCCUUGUCAAAAGGCUUUGUGAAGAUGGGAGGGCCGUUGAUGCUUGCAAAUACCUUGAUGAUGUGGCUGGAGAAGGUUUCUUUGGUCACAUGGUUGCCUAUACUGCUGCAAUUGAUGGUCUCAUAAAAAAUGAGGGAGUAGAUAGAGGUUUAGAGUUAUUCCGAGAUAAAUGUGCCAAUGGUCAUUCACCUGACGUGAUUGCAUACAGUGUAUUGAUAAAAGCUCUAUGUAAAGCAUGUCGAACUACUGAAGCUGAUAACCUGUUUAACGAAAUGGUAACGAAAGGACUAAAACCUUCUGUUGCUGCUUAUAACAGUAUGAUAGAUGGAUGGUGCAAGGAAGGUGAGAUUGAUCGGGCCAUGUCUUGUAUUAAGAGGAUGCAUGAGGAUGAGAAAGACCCUGAUGUUAUCACUUACACUAGCUUAAUCCAUGGCCUAUGCGCCAGUGGAAGGCCCAGUGACGCAAUCUCUCGUUGGAAUGAAAUGAAGGGCAAAGAUUGCUUUCCGAAUAUAAUAACAUUCAUGGCACUUAUUCAGGGUCUUUGCAAGUGUGGGUGGUCAAGUGAAGCUAUGGUUUAUUUUCGUGAGAUGGAAGAAAAGGAAAUGGAGCCUGAUUCAGCUGUGUACUUGUCGCUUGUAAGCUCUUUACUAUCAAGUGAAAACGUCAGUGCCGGGUUUGGGAUAUUCAGAGAAAUGGUUCAUAAAGGAAGAUUUCCAGUUUCAGUAGAUAGGAACUACCUGCUUGCUGUUGAUGCUACAAAUAAAUUUGUGGAAGACUAUAGGACAUCAUGUUAUCUUACAGGUCUAAUAAAAGACGGUAGAUUUCCUGUUGUAGAGUCUGUGAGUAGAAAAUGAAGCACUAGUUGAAACAGAGGCUAUUCUGGGCCAGAAUGGAAGGGGUAAUAGCCAAGUAAUGAAAAAGGAAUCAUGUCGAAGAGAUGAAGCUACAGUUAGCUUAUUGAAACCACAGGCUGAUGAAUGUCGCAGCUGGAGCAAGUUCAGACCAACAGCUGCAACCACACAACUUGGUUCAAAGCCGUAUGGUUUAAAGGUCAUGUUCCUAAGACAGCUUUUACCUUCUGGAUUGCAAACUUCGACCGUAUACCUGUGAGAGCUCAACUGCUUCCUGUUGUACCUGUAACACCCACACAGAAACAAGAGAUCAUCUUCUUCUCCAGUGUGAUCUAAGUGAAUAGGUAUGGAUGUUCAGCGUUUUGGGCAACCUGCAUUUGCUACAUUCCUUACUAAAUCUCUUUCAGCCCAUUGUAGAAAUAACUCGGA